CGCACUAUCAGGCUGUGGGCCAGACGGGGCCCACAGGCGGCGUGCUCUCGGGCCUGGGGUUUUGGUAUUCUCGUGCUGAAGGUGCCAGAGAACUGGAGCCAGCUUCUGUGGACUAAAACUUGGAAAAUGAGAGAAGCAAACAUGUGCAGAGGGUGGCCCAUCACUUAGCGCCCAGCGAUAUGUUUCUGAGGUGGAUUUGGGUUAGAAAAGAUCUGCGGCUUCUGUCAUCUCAGAGAUGGGGGUGGGUGGAGAAUUUAAGUCAGCAAGUGUUUAUUAUUUGAUCGUCUGUUAUGUACCAAGCCCUUUUCUAGGCGUAUAGGAUAGACUAGUGGACAAAGCAAACGGAACACCUGCUUACCUUAUAGGAAUGGGGAAGUUCAGACAAAAAGACAGAAGACUAAGCACAUGGACUGGAAAUUGGAAGGGAGUGCUCAGAAAACAGACUCACACGUGCUGCAGGAGCAAGAAGUCAUCCGCGAGGACACAGGCGAAGACGGCAUCUCGGAAAGCUUCCAGCUUCUACAGAUUGAUGUGGAAUGCGAGCAUCGGGAGGGAGAGACGCUGCCCACGGGCAGCGCAGUGUGGUGCUCAAAAAAUGUCCAAAGAAAACAGAGACACUGGGAAAAGAUAGUUGCAGCAAAGAAGAUCAAAAGAAAACAAGAAAAAGAAAGAAGAAAGGCCAAUCGUGUAGAAAAUUCAGGCAUCUGCCCUCAGCACAGCAAACGUUUUCUGAGAUCCCUAACCAAGGAGAGACUUUUGGAAGCUAAACACUCAGGACCAAGACUCUGUAUUGAUUUGAGUAUGACCCACCACAUGUCUAAGAAGGAGUUAAGUAGACUGGCUGGACAGAUCCGAAGGUUGUAUGGUUCAAAUAAAAAAGCUGACAGGCCAUUUUGGAUCUACCUCACUGGAUUCACAACAGACAGUCCCCUGUAUGAAGAGUGUUUGAGGAUGAAUGAUGGAUUUUCUAGUUACCUGCUAGACAUAACAGAGGAAGACUGCUUUAGUUUAUUUCCUCUGGAAACCCUUGUGUACCUGACUCCUGACUCAGAACAUGCUCUUGAAGAUGUUGAUCUAAACAAAGUUUACAUCCUUGGUGGACUUGUGGAUGAAAGCAUUCAGAAGAAGGUGACGUUUCAAAAAGCCCAAGAACACUCUGUUGAGACAGCCCGCUUGCCAAUCCAGGAAUACAUGGUCAGAUGCCAGAAUGAGAAAAACUAUCAUUCAGAGAUCUUGGCCAUCAAUCAAGUCUUUGAUAUCCUGUCUGCAUACUUUGAGACUCAAAACUGGCCGAAAGCAUUGAAGAAGGGAGUUUCUUCCAGAAAAGGCUACGUUCUUCAGACCUCAGUGGAGUGAUGGACAGACAGCCUAAGGAGGGGAAGUUGCUGGAGGUGCCUUGACCAAAAAGCGGAGCAGAGCGUGGUGAUGGCACACACUUGCCUUUACUUGACAUCUGGGAUCUAUGCUAGAAUAUAAGUUACUAAUAACAGGGACCACAUUUUAUGCUCUUUUCUAUCUCCCAGAGUGCCUGGCUCAUAGGACAAGCCCAGAUAUAUGACUAAGUAAAAAGUUUACAUAACCAGGAAUUAGCCCAAAACUACAUGGCUUUGGAUGUAUUAAUUCAUCUUUUAUAUACCUGUUUGUGAAAUACCUACUCUUUAGAGAUAGCUUAAAUAAUUAAAUAAUUAUUAUAUCAAGAGUUUAAUUUUCACUCAACUUGUAUCAUAAAAUUGUAGCACUUUUUUCAGCCUCCUCUGUUCUGAUGAUUUUCCCUAACUCAGUGAUUCACUUUAUGUGUUUUGCAGGAUCCUAACCCAGCCCUGCUUUAAGCCCCCAUAGCACUUUGUUCCCACUUGUGGCUCCCACUCUGUCCCUCCUGGGCGUGGAGGGUUUCUCUCUUCCCAAAGGUAGCAUUCUAACAGGACACUUUAUGGGAGUAGCUUUGUAUCUUUCUGAGCCUUGUACGAACUAGUUUCUUCACAGGCAGAAUUGAAGAGCAAACACACAGUAUUAGUAAGUCUAACUUAAAAAUAACCAGAAAAGACAAAACAAGAUCCCUCUGACACAAGCAUGUUGGAUAGCCUUUCAUUACACAAUCUCAGUGAUGCCUUUUCUCAGGUCUUAGUUACAUACAGUUGCUUCAGUUACUCUGGCCAGCUUGGGUUAGUAAACUUGAAAGCUAAGCUCUUGGCAAAUUCAGAGAAUGUAUUCUGUCUCUAAAGAACCAAAAUGUUAUUUCUCUCUUUUCCCUCCUUUUCAUAAUUUAAUCCUUCAGGAACUAUGAUCACUUGAUAAAUUAUAUCAGUAUCUUUGUAUUAAAAA